AUGACUAUGCAGGCGCACGGCUUCGCAUGUCUUCGGGCAUACAUCAAUACGCGCUGCUACGUACUCCGUUCAUCAUGGCUGUCCCCAGACACCCAGCCAACCUCCACGAAAUCGUACGGGCGGACAGACCUCUUCGCUAGUCGUGUCUUCAUACCAAAGUCAGCUUCGACCACUGGUCAAGCCCAGCGGCUUCCGCUCGUCAUCUGCGUGCAUGGUGGAGGUUUUAUCCUCAACAAUCCGUCUUUCGACGAUCCUCUCGCUCGACGACUAGCUGACAUCGUCAAUUGUGUCGUCGUGAGCAUCGACUACCGCAAAGCACCGCAGAGCAAGUUCCCCGCAGCAUACAACGACAUCGUCGAGCAGUCUCUCGCGGUCAUCAACGACAAAGAUCUUCCUAUCGGCAGUACAAAAGUUGUACUCUGCGACAGCUCAGCUGGAGGUAACCUUGUCCUCGCCGCUGCACAGCAUCCAGAAAUCCGAUCGAGGCUGGUAGACGUCCUCGGACUGUACCCGCUCUGCGAAGUGGGCAUCUGCUAA